UGGACAGUGAUGGGCAGGAGAGAGAUGGAAGGGAUGGAAUGAUGCCUCCCCCUAUCCUGGGAGCAGUGGCACCCCCUUUGAGCAGCCAGGGGAAGGCAAUGUUGUAGUGAGGCCAACUCCCAUGAACUGAUUAUGAGUCACAGGAUUUUGGAGCCCGCAGGAGGAGCUGUCGCAAUGUUGCGAGAAGCUCCUCUGAUUGUGUGAUUUUCAGGGCUGGGCAGAGCUGUGUACGAGGGGCUUGGGGGACAGACCUGUCCUGUGUUCUUGUGUAGCCCUGUGGCAGAGAGAGGGUCCAGAAAGUGCUGGUUCUUGGGACCCUGACAGGGGAGGGGGGAGAGUUGGGAAGUGGCACUGUUGGGUCUUAAGUAAAAGUCCUGUGGCAUCAGGAGGCAGAGAAGUGUCGCUGCUCGGUCACAACAGUAAUAGGAAGUGGAUGGCAGGUCCCCCAUCUCAGGGAUGUGGAGAGGGCAGAGACCAACUGGGGAGCAGAUGGGAAAGAAGGUCUCCUUGCAGCCUACCAGCACAGCACAUCCAGGACCAGCAACUGGCCUGUCUGUAACCUCUGCCUGCAGAAAAGCCUGAGGAGGAGACAAUCUGCUCCUCUUCCCACCAGCCUGUCUCUCCUACCACUGACUGCAGCCUGUUUCCCCUGUAGCAGACCACACCGGAUCUGGGAUUUUAGAUCAAGAGACCUGACCUGCUUGCAGCUGAACUCUUUGUUCCAAAUUUUAAAGACUGUCAGCACAGCUCCAGAAGGGACUGGGUGAUUAGUCCCUCUCCAACAAUCCCCAGGGAGGAACUGCUUGCUUGCGUCAGUCCCCUGACUGCUCAGACCAGGAGGAGGAGUCCGGCAUCUAUCAGCAGCACUUCAAAUGAGCCCAGGCAACAGAAAUGGUGGAAUUGUCUAAAGACUGUGAGGUAUCCCUCUCCUGUUUUCACAUCAUACAGAUAAAUAAACCAAGCAGAGAAGCGUAGACUACAGAGUGACAAUGGCAGAAGGAGAGCUUCCCUCCCUGGAAAAUAAGUCAAUGAAGAAAGAAAGAGAGUUGAACACAGAGGAGAAGAAAGAAUCCAUGUGGAGCUAUUUGAAGAAAAAGACAAGAUAAUCAGCGAGAUGUAUGCAGUAUAACACGGACAAGCCCAAUACAAUUUUACGGUUCUGUAGCACUAGAAGCAAUUACUGACCCAGAGUUGUGGCUACAGGAGCUGAAACAGGAAUUCAAUUCAUGAAUUAAGAAUGAGUGAAAAUGAAACAAUUCAUGUUACAAGGACACAUGGGAAUCCAUUUGCAUCAGCCUUUGUAUGAAAGGCCAGCUACAGCCUACCUUAGACAAACUGUUGCCUGAUUUUAAGUGAGAUGAAACUUGGGGGUAUACAAGACAAAUCAGACUCCUGAAAGGGUCUGCAAAAGGCGAUAUAAGGAUAGGAGAAGGAAGGGAGCUGAAGAAGCAAGCAGGAUGGACUCCUCCACAAAAAUCAAUAACGCUGCAGACAUCUUGGUCAUAGUCAUCUAUUUCUUGGUAACCCUGGCAGUGGGAAUAUGGGCCAUGUUCAUAUCUAACCGAGGGACAGUGGGAGGAUUCUUCCUGGCUGGACGUAAAAUGGUGUGGUGGCCGAUUGGUGCUUCUCUGUUUGCCAGUAACAUUGGCAGUGGGCACUUUGUGGGCUUGGCAGGCACAGGAGCGGCUGCAGGGAUUGCCAUUGCAGGAUUUGAGUGGAACGCCCUGAUAAUUGUAUUUGCUCUCGGCUGGUUGUUUGUGCCCAUCUACAUCAGGGCUGGGGUGGUGACGAUGCCAGAGUAUCUCAAGAAGCGCUUUGGUGGCCGACGGAUUCAGAUGUAUCUGUCAGUCCUUUCUCUGCUCCUCUAUAUUUUCACCAAGAUCUCGGCAGAUAUGUUCUCUGGAGCUAUAUUUAUCCAAAUGGCCAUGGGGUUGAAUCUUUAUUUGGCCAUAAUCAUACUGCUGGCUGUUACUGGUCUUUACACUAUCACAGGUGGCCUUGCUGCUGUGAUUUACACAGACACUUUACAGACCAUCAUCAUGCUGGUGGGAUCCUUUAUUCUCACAGGAUUUGCAUUUGCCAAAGUAGGAGGAUAUAAGGCCUUUAUGGAGAAAUAUAUGAAUGCAAUUCCAGGAAACACCUCAUAUGGAAACAUUAUCAUUGACCCAAAAUGCUACACCCCUCGGGCAGAUUCUUUCCACAUCUUCCGAGACGCGAUCACUGGAGACCUGCCAUGGCCGGGGCUUACCUUUGGCUUGAGCAUCCUUGCUUUGUGGUACUGGUGCACAGAUCAGGUUAUUGUUCAACGAUGCCUCUCAGCCAAGAACAUGUCCCAUGUGAAGGCCGGCUGCAUCAUGUGUGGGUACCUGAAGCUGCUGCCCAUGUUUGUGAUGGUGAUGCCUGGGAUGAUCAGUCGAAUUCUGUACACGGAUAUGGUGGCUUGUGUCGUGCCCUCAGAAUGUGAGAAAUACUGUGGCACCAAAGUUGGCUGUUCAAACGUUGCUUAUCCAAAAAUGGUGGUGGACCUUAUGCCGAAUGGCUUGCGAGGUCUGAUGUUGUCAGUCAUGUUGGCCUCUCUCAUGAGCUCCCUGACUUCCAUUUUUAAUAGUGCUAGCACUCUGUUCACCAUGGACAUCUACACCAAAAUACGAUCCCGGGCAUCUGAGAGAGAGCUCAUGCUGGCUGGAAGGUUAUUUAUCUUAGCUUUAAUUGGUAUCAGCAUUGCUUGGAUUCCUGUGGUGCAGUCAGCUCAGAGCGGGCAGCUCUUUGAUUAUAUACAGUCUAUCACCAGCUACCUGGGGCCACCCAUUGCUGCUGUCUUCCUGCUUGCUAUCUUCUGUAAGAGGGUCAAUGAGGAGGGUGCUUUCUGGGGCUUGUUCAUUGGGCUGGUAGUUGGGCUGAGUCGAAUGAUUGCAGAGUUUGCCUAUGGUCCUGGAAGCUGUGUAAACCCCAGCAACUGUCCAAAGAUAAUUUGUGGAGUUCAUUACCUUUACUUUGCUAUAAUCCUUUUUGGGAUCUCCACCAUCGUCAUCCUGGGUAUCUCACUGAUAACUAAACCCAUUCCUGAUGUACAUCUCUAUGGCUUGUGCUGGACUCUGCGGAACAGCGAGGAGAAGCGUAUUGACCUGGAUGCAGAUGAGAGGAUUGAGGGACUUGAGAGUAAAGAUGACGAAUCAGAGGAAGGCGACGAAGGACAAGGGUUCUUGAAGAAGGCCUACAACUGGUUCUGUGGCUUCGAUCAGAAAAAAGGGCCGAAACUGAGCAAAGAGGAGCAGGAGGUGAUGGAGAAGAAAAUGACUGACACUUCCGAGGUGCCAUUCUGGAGAAAUGUUGUGAACAUCAAUGGGGUCAUUCUGUUGGCCGUGGCUGUAUUCUGUCAUGCCUUCUUUGCAUAAAUCCAACCUUACGCCCCAGAGUUUUUAUGAAGGUCUAACUCAAGUUCAUUUUUCUUGUGAAUUUGCACUGUAUUCUUCAAAAGAUAAAAAACACUACACUAGAUCCACGUAUCAGACUAGUAAGAUGAGAUUUAAUUCAUUACAUUGAUUUAUUCAUUGUUAUUUUUAGAAGUUGGUGAAACUAGUUUGAUUUCUAUCCCCCUUUUUCCUUACUUUCCCUAAAGCGAUCCCAGUUUUUUUUAAGUUCAGCUAUAUGGAGGACUGUGCUAUAGAUUCAGGAUGAAUUAAUCCUUUCAAAAUAUAGGCUGCCUUAUGUAAGUUCCCUAUCCAUGACAUUUUAUUGAUGUAUUCCUUUGAUACUAUAGCUAUUUUUUUUAAUAGAAUUUUUCUGUCUCUAGUCUCUGUUCCAUACGUUAUGCUAUUUUUCAGUGGACUUUUUCCUCUCUCUAGUCUUUAUUCACUCUUUCUCCUAAGUGGAAUAUGAACCCCGGUAGCUUCUGAGUUUAACUCUUGUAUUUGUGCUGUUUGAGUCAGUUUGAAAUUAGGCAAAACAAGUCUGGUCAGUCCUAAUAAGAGUUGUGUUUAUUGCCUGACCUUUAGCUUUAAAAGUUCGUACACACGGCAUUUAGUUUUAAUAUGAAUUUAUCCUUGAAUAUGAAAGCUCUAUUUAUAAAAAUAUGUUCUUGUUGAUUUUGAUUCCUCAGCAUGAUAUGUCAACGUUAGCAUCCAUUUACAUUGCCUGUAGACCUCCAUUUUAUAAGAAGGCCCUAGUGUACUCUUAAUUCCCCUUCUCAGUUAGUGGAUUUACCACCUGGUAAUUCUUUAUCAUGGGUGAAUGUUCUAAGCAUCAGAACACUGGCCUUGUGUCUUGCUUCCAAGUACACAAAGACAUUACAGUAUUUUUCCUGCCAAAUUAUGAAUCUUCCUUCCCUGACAAUUUCGCUACAAAAUUUCAUUUAUGCCAUGAGUAAGACUGUUAUACUGUAGUUUCCCCAAGGAGAACAGUCUCUGCUCAGACACCAACUAAACCAUUCCAAUUGUCUUCACCUUAUUUGGGAGUGUGAGACAGUGAUGAGGCAAUGACCUUGAUUUGGGUCUCAGAGACAAUAUGGCGAGAUGAUGUGUGAUAUUGCAAGUCCAGGAUGAAAAGUGAAAAUAGAUAGAGCUUCUUACCAUCUAAUUCAUCUUCCUCAGGAGGCGUGGAUACAGAGAAGGCACUGGGGAAAUUCCCAGUUGGCACAGCUAAUCUGUAUCACAAUGCUUUGUUGCCUUAUGUACUACAGCUUCCUACACAGUGAGGUGUAACAUGCAUCUCAUCUACCUGCAGUAUUGUGCAGUAUUGUGAACUGUGCUGCAACAUGUAACAGGCAAGCCAAUGUGGUCUUUUGUAAAUCCCUUUAACUUUCAUCACACUGUGCUGUUGUCUCACAGUCUGUUGCUACUUCAGAGGAGUGCAUAACAGAAUGUACUGUCCUCUUGCAGCUGCAAUAUGAUCUUCAGGAUAAUUCUGUCUCCCUGCAGUAUCCUGACAUGUACUGCAUAGUGCCAAAUCAAAUCAGUACAAUCUAAAUCCUAAUGCAAACUGACUUCUUUUAAUGAAUACAGCAGCAGGGAGCAUCUUAAGUCAUCACUCUGUUGUGCUGUGGAAUUAAUUAUAUUUCACUAACUGUGAAGGUUUGUAUGUAUUCAAAUUUUUCUGAUGUGUCUGGGGUCCACAAAGUCAAGAGUUCGUUGUAUAAGACAAUGGAAAAUG